AUGUAUUUUGGGCGUGAGACUAGCCCCAGCGCUUCGGCCACCACUGCUCACAUCGACGCGAUGAGCAAGAAAAUGAGUCUGGCGAGCGGUGGCGGCGGCGGCGGCGGCGGCGGCGGCGGCGUCAUGGCGGUAACCUUUGCAAGCUGUUUAAAACGGGCUCACUCGCUCCCACGCGGCCGCGAUUUGGAGAGAUGA